GGUGCAUCUGAAGACUUUCUGACCAAGGUGCUUGAUCCAAGCCUCGCCAGAUCAGGAUUGACUGGAAAUCCUCUCCGAUAUCAGAUCCUGAUAAAUAAAUGUCCUUCCUUCUCUUUGGGGUGAGGCUCAGCUGAUUCGCGAGGCCCAGCGGAUUGCCGUGCCUCAGCUGUUUUACUCACUGGCGCUGCAGUAGAAGCUGUUUGGAGUGGGCUACGUGAUGCAGCAAUGGAUUCUCGAAUAUGCCUUUGCUUUUUUGCCUGCUGGGUUUUUGUGAAUUCUACAUCAGCGCCCAACAAAGAAGUAGAUGUGACUGCAGCUAUGGAGAACUAUGAAGGGCACAUAGACUCAGGAUGCGCUUCCAACGAGACAAGGAAAGUCCUAAAGAACUUGGAGACGGCCUUGCUGAAAGUCCAUUUACAGAGGGACAAUCUCAUUACUGUUCACUCUAAUAUUCAAACAUUAAUAUACACUAAAUUUGAAGGGUUAACGAUCAACAGUGAGGAUUUUUUAGAUCCUGAUGCUUCGAGACAGAGCCGGCAUUCCAUGUAUUUUCCAAAAAGGUUCUUGAAGAAUAUCCAACCGACCCCGGCAAAGGAGAUAAGGCUCAUCUGCAUUUACCUGAAAGCUUCUUGCCUCUUUCAGGAUAGACAAAACAGCUCCUUGCUGAGUGGUGACAUCAUAGGACUGAGUCUUGGGGACAUGAGUGUCACCAACCUCCGUGAACCUGUGGAAAUCAGGUUUUGGCAUAAUUAUUCAUUGGAUAAUUUCAGCAUGACCUGCGUAUUUUGGGAGGAAGGAACAGGAAAGGACAACCUGGGGGAAUGGAGAACAGAAGGCUGUAAAACCAACGCCAGCCAGGACAGUGUCCUCUGCCAGUGCAACCAUCUGACCUAUUUUGCUGUUCUUCUGCAACUGUCUUCAGAGCCUCUGGAUGAAAAGCUACUGGUCCCUUUGACCUACCUCAGUGACAUUGGCUGUGGGGUCUCAGCGUCGGCUUGUUUCAUCACCAUCUUCUUAUACCUUUUCACCAGGAAGCUCUAUCACGAUUCCACUACAAAGAUCCACAUCAAUCUCCUGGGCGCCCUUUUCUUUCUCAACGUGUCAUUCUUGAGCAGCAAGACUUUGGUUGACCAUCUGUGGUGGUGCAGCAUCUUGGCUGCCUUCCUCCACUACUCCUUGCUCUAGUUUGACUGGAUGGGCAUCGAGGGCUUCCACCUCUACCUGCUGGUGAUCAAAGUCUACAACUCCUACAUGAGGCGUUACCUGCUCAAGCUGUGUGCUGUGGGGUGGGGGAUCCCUGGAGUCCUCGUUCUGGCCAGCUUCCUCAGCAUGCAGGAUCUUUAUGGCCAGCAUGGCAUCAAAACCGACUCUCAAUACAAGAACUUUUCCAUAUGCUGGAUCACCUCCUCCAUCUUGAACAAUAUCACCUUUGUUUAUGUUGGUGGCACUAUAUUCUUCAACAUAGUUAUCUUGGUGAUGGUGGUGCAGAAGCUUAGACAGCUCAGAGCUCACCCUCUUCAUCGGCCUAAGGAACACACCUGCAAAGACGUGGGAACCGUUCUUGGGAUGACCUUCCUCCUGGGGACCACCUGGAUGUUGGCCUUCGUGUCCUUUGGGGUCUUCUUAGUUCCACAGAUCUUCCUCUUUUCAAUCUUCAAUGCCCUCCAAGGAGCCUUCAUCUGUCUUUGGUAUUGCUUUUUACGGUGUCGUUCAACAUCCAAAGAGUCAUCUGGAUUCUCUCAGUCAUCAGCAACAUCACGCGGUUUGUGAAGACUUUGGACCAGGGGUUUCCAAUCUUGGCCACUUUAAGACUUGUGGAC